UGGCCCGAGCGGCUCCUCCCCGCUGCCACCAGCGGGAGUCGGCUGGAGCUGAGCGCAGGGAGAGCAGCCGGCAGCAUCAGCGCCUGGACACUGCGGCUCCUCACGUCACAUUAUCUAGGUGCAUCAAUGAGGAGUCCAGGGAUGGCUGUGUUCAAACAACAGAAGGUGGAAGACGUUUAUGAAAUUGGGGAAGAGCUAGGAAGUGGCCAGUUUGCGAUAGUGAAGAAAUGCCGAGAGAAAAGCACUGGAGUGGAAUAUGCUGCUAAAUUCAUUAAGAAGCGUCAGAGCCGGGCCAGCCGCCGGGGGGUGAGACGUGAGGAAAUCGAGCGGGAAGUGAACAUUCUGCAGCAGAUCUUGCAUGCCAACAUCAUCAAGCUGCAUGACGUCUACGAGAACAGGACAGAUGUGGUUCUUAUCCUCGAGCUGUGAGUAGAGGGAUUUCCUAUUCUCCGCU